CGUCUCUCCUUACAGACUAAUGCCACCCAAGACUAGGGAUGGUUAUUAGAUGUAGCUGACCUCUCUCUCCCCUCUCUCUCUCUCUCUCUCAGUGGGAUCUGUGGAAAGAGGAUGUUGCUGUCGUUUAGGCCGCUGGCCUCCGUCUCUGUGUUGACUCUGCUAGGCUGGUGCUGGUACAGCUUUAGGAGGAGGAGGACGACAGCUCCUCUCUGGACUGAAGAGGAGGUGUGUUUUUCGGACAGAAGCAGAUCUGUUCACUCCUCUCCUGCUGACUCCAGUAUUUUGGGUGAAAGUGACCUAAAAAUGGACCACAACAUCUCAGGAUCCUCUGAAAUCAGCAACUUCACAGAUUCUUCACCAGUUCUCGACAUGUGCAAACUUACCUGCACCUCCCCCGUAACAGGCCUCACCAAGGGAGUUCGACCUGAGCCAGAAGGAGAAGUAUCUGUUCGUUUCCCUGAGACUCUCCAAACUGGGCAAGAAAAGGACAACAUUGCUGGUGAAGGUCAUCCAGACUGCAGAGAAGUUAGUGAAGAUGACUCUGGGCUUGAGUCUGAUCUGGUUUGUCUCUCUUCAAAAUGCCUUUCCAACGACUCUCAAUCUUCAACGGGGAAACAGCCAGGUUCUGUCCACUUUGACAGUCAUGAUAGCAGCAGCCUGUCUGAUUUCUCCACUGAUAGAGGCUUGAACCCAGAGAACUUGGAAAAGAUCAGUUCUGCUCUGGUCCAAGAGAUCAUAGAAGCUGCGGCAGAGGACUGGAAAAACCAGGAACCCAUUGAUCCACAUGAGCUUGCCAGUGUUUCAAAACCUCUGGAGGCUGAAUUUCAGUCUGCUGCUCAAAAACCAUUUCAGCAGCAAAGCAUCAGCGGUGACGUAUAUCUUCAGGACGCCGUCUCAUUCAGGGAGAAACUACUCAGCCAUUUAGGAGCUUCUGUUGGAGAUGAUUCUGGAUGUGGUUCUUGCUUCUCAGAGGAUGCAUCCGGUGCAGAGCUGUCUGAGGAGGGCAGAGGCUUUUCGAUGACCCCCACAGAAGCUGACAUAGUCCGCAUUGAGGACAAAAUGAUUCCCAGCAUCCACGGUGUAGCAGAGGAAGAAGAGGAGGCGUGGAGAGGUUCAGGUGAUAUGGGUUUAAGCUGCAUUAGUGCCGAUACUCCUCCGGCCCAGCCCAUCAUUCUUUGGGACAUAGAGGUGCCAGCGCAUCUGGUUGGUCGAUUGAUCGGGAAGCAGGGAAAAUUCGUGAACUUCCUCAAGCAGAGCUCUGGAGCAAAGAUCUACGUCUCCACCCUGCCGUUCACUCAGGAGAUUCAGAUCUGCCACAUCCAUGGCUCACAGCAGCAGGUGGAUGAUGCUCUCUCGCUCAUCAGGAAGAAGUUUAAAGAUCUGGAUCUGAGUAAUUGUAUCCCUCUGCCCUGCCUGCCUAUCACAUCCUGGCUGCUGCUGCCUCAGGAUGUGUUUGUGGAGGUGAUCGUGUCGCAGAUGGAGGCGGGUCUUCACCUGUUCGUUCAGCAGCACAAGCAUCCAUCUUAUCAGGCCCUUCCCACCCUCAUUCAGCACAUGCAGCUCUGCUACUCUCAGCCGGGAUGUCCCAGCCUGCCCACCCCUGUCGAAGGGGGGGUGGUCUGUGCCGCUCCAGUAACAGGAAGUGGCUGGCAGAGAGCCCAGGUCAUCCAGUACUGCAUUGAGUCUGGUAUGGCUCAUAUCAGAUAUGUAGAUAAUGGAGGUUAUGACACCGUGAACAGCGCCACCCUCAGGCAGAUCAGGUCAGACUUUGUGACAUUACCGUUCCAGGCAGCAGAGGUUCUGUUAGACAAUAUCACGCCUUUGCCAGGAGAGGAGGAGUUUUCCCUGGAGGCCAGAGCAGCACUGGAGGAAUUAACUGCAAAUAUGGCCUUAAUCAUCAAGGUGACAGGCAGUCAAGACGGCCUUCCUCUGGUGCACAUGUGGAAACAGAUGGAAGUUGAGGUGGUUCUGCUGAACAGAUUACUGGCUGAACAAGGGUUUUGCACCUGGUUUGAGACACAGUGAUGUCGCAGCUUUUCGCUUAUCCUCUCCUGAACUCCAUUUCGCACAGUACAUUGAUUUCCACUUU